CGGCUCGUGUUUGCGGAUGCCUCUCACUCGAAAGUGACAACAACGUCUCAACAAAGGCGCAAAGGUCCAUGCACGCUUGUAGGCAGAACCAGCAAGCUUCACAGCAAACAUGCUGUUGGAGAGGUAUAUUUCCCCAUCAUCUGCAGAUGAGAGGCGCUUCCACAUCUCAUCGAUAGUACAAUUCACAUCGAUUGCAACAUGGCGACAAGCAAGCCCAAGAUCGUCGGGCUCUACGGCGUUCCUGGUAGCGGCAAGACCUACUUGAAGGAUGAACUCAAAUCCUCAUUGGAUGAGAAUCAAUAUGCCUUCUACGACGGCUCCGAAAUCCUCGCACUUGUUACUGAUGGCAGCUUAGACUCAUUCAAGCAGUUACCAGAACGGGAGAAGUCUCGUCUACGCGAAGCCGCUAUCAGAAAGAUAGCGUCGCAAUGUGCUCAAAGUGGCAAAAUAGGCGUCGUUACCGGACAUCUGAUGUUUUGGGCAGAGGCGGAGGCCGAACCAACUUCGAUUGAUACACCAGCUGACCUUGAGACGUACACUCACAUUGUGUAUCUUGAUGUCUCGGCUGAGCGUGUUCGAAAGCAGCGCCGCGAACAUGCGAGCCGCAAAGAUCGAGCUGAUGACUCGGUUAAGCACAUCAAGCAACACAUGCAGCGCGAGAUGACCAAGUUACGUGAGCUGUGCGUUACCAAUCGCAUCUUUUUCACCAGCGUGCAAGAGCCUCGCAGCGCUUCAGAUGACCAACCAUUCUCUCUGCGACCAGCUGUGGCGCGCCUGCUGACCGAGUUCGUUGCUGUUCCGGCAGAAGAGAUCAAACAUGUCAAUACCGCGCGAGCUCUUUCCCAACUUGACGAGCAACUUCGGGCAGCGCACGCCACUUCCACGCCCAACAUCAUGCUCGUGCUUGAUGCUGACAAGACACUUGGUCCACACGACACGGGUAAGAUGUUCUGGGAUACACUUCCCAACAACAAAGAUCCGCUCAACGACAUGUUCAAACCAACAAACUUCGGUUAUUCUGAUGCGGCAUUUCAACAAGCCAUGCUCUAUUACGAACAGUACAGCCCAGAGACAUUCUUGCAGACUUGCAAGAAAGUAGCCAAGACAGUUUCGCUCUACAAAGAAGUGGAGACACUGUUGAAGAAGGCAGCGAGCUGCAACAACGUCGGCGUUGUGGUCGUUACUUGUGGUCUACGUCGUGUAUGGGAACUCGUGCUCCAGCGUGACGAACUUACGCGCGACAUUGUUGUUAUCGGAGGCGGACAGCUCGACAAUGGCUACUUUGUCUCGCCCGAUGUGAAGGCAGCUAUCGUGCAGCGGCUGCAACAGCAUUACCAUACCCAUGUCAUUGCAAUCGGAGACAGCCCGCUCGAUAUCAAGAUGUUGCAAGAAGCGGAUGAAAGCCUCGUUGUCGUUGGUGCUCCAAACUUGCGCAGCAGAUCAAUGGAGGCAGUUCUGACCUCCGAAGUUGCAGCAGAAAAGCUAGACCGCGGUUUCAGACAGGUGCUUCUCCCAAACAACGGCAACAAGCUGCAAGUCAAGGAUUUGCAAGUCGGCACGCUUGCUCAACUCCAUCUCUCAACUCCUCAGCAUUGGAGCCUCGAACUCCACAAUGCUGGCGAUAAGAACGCGGCCAAAAUUCUCAUGUCUGCAACACGCGACGCGACAGUCUCUGGCCGUGCUCUGCAAGAAGCUCAUCGCAAAAUUGGUUGGUACCUGGCUACCCAGUACCUGCCAGACCUCAUCGGCCUAGAAUCAUUCAAAAUGUCUCAUGUACAAGGCGGCUACACGGCCGGCCAUCGUCUUCACAACGAGAACAAAACGACAAUCAUCGCUCUCAUGCGCGGCGGUGAACCCAUGGCAUUCGGCGUGCACGAUGCCUUCCCACAAGCCAAAUUCCUCCAUGCCUCGCAACCAUCAGACAUCAAACUUGGGCACAUUCAGGGUCAAGAGAAUAUCAUUGUGGUGGACAGUGUGAUCAACAGCGGAAAGAGCAUCGCCGACCACGUCAACCAUAUCCGAACCUUCAACCUUCCAGCACGCAUAGUGAUAAUUGCCGGUGUGGUUCAGGAGCAAGCGAUCCAGAAGGAAACAGGCGGCUUAACGCAGGCACUGUUGGGGUACGGUAGAUUGUCGAUCGUUGCGCUCCGUACCUCUGCGAACAAAUACACUGGCCGUGGCGGCACGGAUACAGGUAACCGUUUGUUCAAUACCACCAAUCUGGAUUGAUGAUGAGAAAGGAAAAAAAGACGUUGGCGGUUUUGGUGUACAUUGCGCCGCGCGCGAAGCUCUCUCUCGCGCGAGGGAAAGGGUUUCGGGGCCGUUACUUCUCCGCGCGAUGAAAGUUUGGGUUAGACUGCGACACGGCUCGUCUAUGUGCAGAUGGCUCGGGAUAUGCACUUUGCGUUUGUGGCUUGGUUGUACCAAAGGUAGAGUUCACGACAUAGGGUCAAGCUGCCCAACCAUCAAGGUCCAGCCGCUUAGGAGGCUAAGCGGGAAUGAGCUGACUGCGGCUCUGGGAUGUACUCUGUAGGAUGUACUGCACCGCGCCGUUUACAGCAGUUGUGGUCGCUUACUUGUGCUGAUGUGAGCGAUUUUGCUUCCGCUUGUAGUAAAACUACAGACCCUUGCUUCACGCGUUUCAUAA